AAUUAUGUGAAUAUAAGAUUGCCAAUUCAAGCAAAACAUAUGAAGAAAUUGGUAAUAAAUUCGGAAUUGGUAAAUCAACUGUAGGCGAUAUUAUUAGCAAUAAGGAGAAAUGGCUUGCAAUUACUGAGAGCUCAGCUGCUACUAAACGAGAUUGUGGAGGUGAAUGGCCACAAUUGGAAGAAGCAUUAGCAAUUUGGAUUGAUAAUGCCAAUAGAGCCAAUUAUACCAUAACUGGUUCCAUCAUUUCUCAAAAGGCACUGGAUUAUGCUAGAAGACUCAAAAUUAUUGGAUUUACAGCCUCACAA